CUGACCUGUCUCAAGCCUCAACAUAUUUGACAUCUUUCGCACACAUUAAAGCAAUGGCUUCCAGCAGUAGCAACAUUUUCCGCAGAAAAAGUCACAGCCUAACACAUGAGCCAUAUUGUGGUCUGAGAACCGCUGCAAGCAACACGAUUUCAGAUGCUAGCAAGCGAAGGCAAGAAGAAUGUUACUAUCAUCAACCACCUACCUCCCAGCUUCACCUUCACAACGUCAGUGUCGGCCAACUUUACAAUUUGGCCCAUGGCUGAGCGCAAUGACCGCCUAUCGAUUGCUGACAAUCAGCCUCCUAAUUGGAAUUCUGUGUCUACAUCACGUUCACGGAGUGGAUCCCAAAUUCGACCCCUCAACGCGGAUGAGACUAGUUCUGGUGCCGGCUGACGCACAGGUCGGGUCUGUAAUCUACAGAUUGCGUGCAACCGACGAGGAGUUCGACUAUCCAUUGACCUUUGAGUUUAUGGGUGAUGUAUCCUCGUCCACCUUCAAGGUGGAAUCGCUUCCAUGUACCAAGUACAAUUCCGUCUGUCAAGCCAACGUUGUGCUGCAACGACGCCUUGAGUCGGGCCGCUUCUACGAUUUUCAAGUCUCGGUUAGGGACACAAAUGGUGGCAUGGCUACGCAAUUGUGUUCAAUUACAGCAACCAACUUCAGUACACCGCAUGACCUAAUAUUUCCACAUAAGCCGGGCAUCAUCAUGAUACCUGAGGAUGCCAAGAGAGGUACAGAACUUGAUUAUGUAAUUGCCAGAAAGAAUCCACUUUUUCAAAAGCCAGUCUACCUCGAGUUAUGGGGUUCGCCCUUAUUUGCCAUAAGACAAAAAAUUAUAUCAGCGGAAACGACGGAAGGAACCGUGUUCCUCUUGGGUCCCUUGGAUUUCGAGAAGCAAGCCAUGUACCACUUAACAAUUCUUGCCAAUGAUGCAUAUGCGGAGCCUGGACAAGAUGGGCGCAAUAUUGCUGGCAUUGAAAUCGUUGUUAUCGUCCAAGAUGUACAAGAUCAACCGCCUGUAUUUACUAUAGCUCCUCCAGUUACAAAGCUGCAAUCCGGCAUUCUUCCAGGCGAUAAGAUAUUGCAAGUCCAUGCGGAAGACGGGGACAAGGGAAACCCGCGGGAAGUGCGAUAUGGCCUAGUUUCUGAAAAUAAUCCAUUUACUUCUUUUUUUGACAUCAACGAUACAAGUGGUGAAAUUUUUUUAAUGAGACCACUCGAAGACAUUGCAGCAAUCACGCAUGCGGGCGAUCCCGUCUUACUCACUGUAAUUGCGGAAGAAGUUAAAGUCGGUCGUGACGAACCCGCAGCGAUGGCUUCCACAGUGCAAUUGGCGUUCUUCCUACCGGACCGUACCAACUCGCCUCCUUACUUUGAAAACGAUCACUACGUCACAAGGGUUGACGAGAACGCCUUGCAAGGGACAGCGCUGACGUUCAUGGACCCAUAUGUGCCCAGAGUGUAUGACGACGAUACUGGGAAGAACGGCGUAUUUUCGCUUACGUUGCUGAACAAUAAUGGAACGUUUGAGAUCACUCCUAAUGUAGCUGAGCGGAGCGCUUCGUUCCUUAUUCGUGUACGAGACAAUUCGUGGCUGGACUUCGAGCAAAGGCAAUCGGUUCAGUUUAAGAUUCUGGCCCAGGAAUUGGGGCCAGCCACAAAUCUUUCGGCCAUGGUUAACGUCACGGUAUAUAUAAACGACAUAAACGAUAACACGCCCGUCUUCGAUCAACCGGGCUAUACGGUAGAGCUGCCGGAGAACAUGACGGUAGGCACAAAAGUCGUGCAGGUUCACGCCAGCGACCUCGACACGGGAUUGGGUGGAAAGGUGCGAUAUACAGCAAUCCUCGGAUACCUCAACACUUCUCUCAACCUGAAUGCGGAGACUGGCUUGAUCACUGUAGCGACCAACAGCCAUGGAUUCGAUCGCGAACUAAUGCCCGAGUAUCACCUGUAUGUGGAGGCUCGGGAUAUGGACGGUGCUGGAAAUCGAGCCCAAGUUCCCCUCAUCAUCAAGCUCAUAGAUGUAAACGAUGAAGUGCCCGUCUUCAAUAAGGACCUGUACGAGUUCAUACUCGCAACAGACCUAAUGGGCUUUACAACCAGCGCCUUCAUUCAUGCCACUGACAAGGACGCAACAGCGCCGAACAACGAAGUGCGUUACGAGCUGAUCAACGGCAACUAUCAGAACAAUUUUGUACUGGACAAGGUGACGGGCGAGUUAACGGUCCGGGAAAAGAUCAAUCUGCGCUCUAAAAAGCACGCCAGUCAGCGAAGGCGUCGAAAUGUUGACUCCACGCCGCCAAUCGGCAAUGAAGACGAUUUAUUCAUACUGACCGCUCGAGCUUACGAUUUAGGAGUACCAGUGCGUUCAUCGACCACCUCCAUACGCAUUUACCCACCAGAGAGUCGCAAGCGCAUUGUGACGUUUGUGGUGCCUGGCAGCAAGCUGGACAAGCGCAAGACAGAGGAAACACUAUCGGCGAUAACGGGCGGAAAGGUUUACAUCCAUGAAAUACGACCAUUAAGGCCCGAGGAGCCGGGGGCUAAGGAUAUACCCAAUGACAAUCCGAACAUCAAGGAACGCAGUGUAGUCACAGCGACCGUGCUGUACGACAGCUCAUCCGUGGUUGACAUUUCGCAGAUACAGCAGCGACUCUCGCAGCACAAUAACUCGUACGCGAUCAUGCCGGAGGACACAACGCGGACCGACACGCAGUAUAAGGCCGAAAAUAAAGUGCUAUUUUGGCUUCUCAUACUACUGGCCACCCUGGUUGCCCUGACGAUACUGAUCCUUUUACUCUGCUGUAUAUGCUCCUGGUGUCCUCUGUAUGGCGCAGCAACCAAAAGAAUAGUUAAUAUCAGUAGAACUGAAGACGAUGUACAUCUAGUGCAUAGAGAAAUGGCAAAUGGAAACCAUACAAAAUCUGUUCAGGUCGCAGAGUGGAUGGGAAGACGAGAGGCUUGGUCCGCGGAUAAGCCAUCAGAUACACGUACAAAACCUACCCGCUGGGAGUUCCGCGAUGGACGUGAACAGCCUGAAAACGUAGAAAUGCACCACGCAAGCGUCAACACCGAUGCCGACGUAGUCCGGAACGCAGAGUCUCAGGAAUACCAGCAGAGACGAGUCCGCAUUAAAAACAGUCUUACAACCAAAGAAGACACACAUCAUAGUUUUCAUAAUUCUAGAACCAAUUUAAUAAACGACCGAGACGUAUAUAUUGAGGACGUAAUGGACGACCAGAACUUAGUGCAAGUCAAGGAGGAGUUUUCUCGCAACAAACAGAGUAGACCAUUGGAGCACAGUCGCUUGAAAAAUUACGACUCGGACACCAGACAAAUCGACGAUGACUCCAUGCGAAGACACGAAAUAGACCGAGGAAGCGACAUCGACUUUAAUACUGCCCAGAAUAGUCUAAAGAAUAAGCGCGAACUUUUCAUAAAGGACGGAAAUGUCGAAAUCCUGCAGCUUAUGACACGGGACAAGACUCGGGACGGAACUGCACUAGACGAUGACAAUAUAUACGUCAAUGUUCCCGUUAAAUCAUCUGCAAACCUCUCGCAUCCACAACUGCUGAUGGUGGACAAUACGGGCAAAGAGAUCCUGAUGCGCCGGUUUAUUGAAGAGCAGCCAGAUGGGAAGCAGAUAAUUCGGGAACACUAUCAUAUUGUACCAGGCGCAACUUAUAUUCAGUCAAUGCCAAACGAAAUACAAGGAUCAACACUCAAGGGCGACACAUUUCCCUUGGGCAAAUCGGGACCAAACAGCAUUGUCUACUCCCAAACCGAGCCUGAAGUCAAAGUCAUACACACGCAGUCAGUUCAGGGAGCGGAGGACAUAUCCCAGCUCCAGCCCGUCGCGGCGAAUCAGUCGCUUACACAGGAACUGGAGCACUCACUCAAGCAGCAAAAUGCGCUUUUGCGUCAGAUAUUGCUGGAAAAAGAGAAACUAGAAACUAGAUAUACACAGCACGAAAUUAUCUUAGAAACACAAAGUCUUCCGGGCCAGUCGAUGGCGAUAGCGACCCAAACUGACUGCGACGCUGGCACCCAAACCGAGCAGACCGAGAAUUUCAGUGCCAAGAAAAUGGUCCACUCGCAGGCCCAAGUCGGCUCCACUCGUCGGCGAGCGCGCAGUGAGAAUGACGACUCGCUGUCGGAAGACGAAUACAAGUACGUGCGCUUUAGCCCCCCAAACAGUCCCGAAGGUGUGUAUUGGAUAAAGCGGCAUCAACCCAAAAGGCGACUACGGCUGCGCGGCAGCUUGCAGCCUCGAAAGAGAAUCGUGAUGGUCGAAGAGGUGAAGCGCAAAAUACGAACCCCCAUAAAGGAGGAGGAGGAACUGCACGAGAAGAAGAGGCGAAUGCCACCCAAGAAGCCACUCCGCGAGACAAAAACGAGUAUUCUGCGGAAGCAGCUGAGUGACGAAAGCCGAAGAAGUGAUGUGGCCAAAGAGUCCAAUGGCAAGCACAAGUCGGAAGCGCUAAGCCGCGAGGUACUUAUGGAAAUAUCGGACUCUCUGGAUGAAAACGGAAGUCCCAGAUCACGAAGAGGUGAACAGUAUUACGAUAAUUUUGAGGGCGAAGUCGACGAAAAUGAUACUGAAUACUCAGUUGAUUCCGAUGACGAUGAGAUUGUAAUUAGAACCAACUCAAACUUAUCAAGCUAUGCAUAUACACGAAGUGUCUACACCAGGGCGUCUCAAGACUCUAGGCGCCAUGAGCCACAAACGAAAAACUCAUCCCACCAAAGUAGAUCCGUAAACAUUUCUCCAUCAGAGCCACACGAAACACAGCCAGAGGCUAGGCCCAGACUUUCCCGUCGGGACAGUUCGAGGCGCAGUCAAAACUCCCGAAAGCAAACAUCUUCGGAACCACCGCACCACCGUAUUUCAGUUUCAAAGUACGAGAUGCAAAGAGCCGAAAAUGACAAAGAGCCGCAUCAUAAUUCAGCUGAUAUAGUUGGAUCCAAGCAAUCCCUAAACGAUCGACUGUACCAAAGUGAAACCGAAUUGGCUGGCCGCGAUGAAUCAACUUCUCGAAACGUACCCAAAUAUAUGGAGUGGUAUUAUAGUAAGAAGAAACCGUCUGUCAGCGGUCGAACUUCAACUGAGUCGUCAAAAUCCCAGAUGUCGGUCAAAAAGAAAACUUCUGCUACAGAGAAACGCAUGACAAAAAUGAGAAUGAACUCGAAAGUCGAAGAUCAGGCAAAUGAUGAUGCGGCGAGAUUCAAGCCGGAGCCCGCGCCUCGAAGAUCUCCACCAAAGGGCAGUCGGCUGCUCAAAGAGGACAGAGCCUUGAAUAAGCAGCACAAGCCCAAAACAGAGACUGAUACGAAUCAUCCGCUGCUGCAGCAUUCGGAGCAUCGUUUCGAACGAGAGAACGCUCCGGAAGUGCCACCACCACCCACCAAGCUGCCACACUAUAUGUAUCCCGAGACUCCGCCACAUGCCGCACCACCGGACAAGGAUCAGCAUUCGCAGAAGCAUAAGCCGAAGCCGUCUCCCAUCAAGGAGAACGAAGUAAAGCUGACGAAGUCAAAAAUAAAUCUCUACGUGGAAGACCCCAAUACCGCACACCUCCCAUCUCAUGCUCAAAAGCAACUGAAUGCAUCCACUCUCGAGGACGACCACGACUCGGGCAUCGCCAUGAACUCCCUUAUGAAUAGUAUGGGACGCAGGAAUCCUAUAGCCGAAAAGAAAAGUGUCUUUUCGAUUGCCUACGACGAUGUGAGCCGCGUUAAGAAAAUAGCAUCAGGCGGAGAGUCUCCACAGUAUUCAUAAACAGACAUUUUCAGUCUACAAAUAUAUAUACAUA